AUGAACGGCUUUAACUCGUUCUUCCCGAAAAACUCGGUACCACGCAAUCCGUACUAUCGCCACUCACAGCUACAGCGACCUCGCACGUCUACUAAAGAUCGCUUCUUUGUGCUAGUAGGGAUUGCCGUAGUGUUCACGUUCUUUGUGGCAUAUCAAAACUUUCGGAACGUGGCACCAUUGGCCGGUAGUCAGAUGUCGGUUGACCAGCAAGCGGAGGCCGUAGCUGCAUUGUCAGGUCAUAAACAGAGACAGAGACUGCGCGCACCAACUGAUGAGACGGAUCAGAAGGAGACAUUGAGUAUUUCAACGUCAAGUCUUAAGAUUAUGACUUUCAACUUGAGAUUUGACGGCAAUCAAGAUGGAAGUAAUAGCUGGAUGUAUCGUAAGGACCAUGUGGCAGACAUCAUUGAUCGUUAUCAUCCAGUAAUUAUAGGCACUCAGGAGGGACUUAAGAAACAACUAGCUGAACUGGAGGGCUUGCUCAAGUACCCGUACCAACGCUUUGGUGUCGAGCGCGAUGAGAAUGGCGAGUUUGAGCAGAUCUUCUACGACGCAGAAGUACUGGAACGUCUGGACAAUGGAGACUUUUGGCUUUCGAAAACACCAGACACACCAAGAACUCAAGGUUGGGAUGCCGCAUGUGUGCGUAUGGUGACAUGGGGAAAGUUUCGUUUACGAGCUACGCAGCAGGAGCUUUUUGUUUUCAACACGCAAUUGGAUCAUGUGGGUUCAAAGUCACGUGUGGAGGGCUCGAAGCUGCUAUGGAAGCGAAUGCAGCAAAUUGCAGGUGAUGCUCCGCUUCUUCUCAUGGGUGACUUCAACGACUAUCGCCACACAAACACCUACAGCUACUUUACAUCUCAAGAAGGCGGACCACAACUACAUGAAGCCUGGCCAGAAGCGGUGAAGCAGAUCGGGGAUGUUUCAUACACGUACCAUGGCUGGGCUGGUGUUAAGAAUGACGAAGAAAAGAAUGCUGUUCGUGCUGCCAAUCAUAUUGAUUGGAUUUUCUUUCGUCCACAAAUGACAGUGCUGACGACGGAAGUUAUCACUGAAAAUCGCAACGGCCGUUACCCAUCGGAUCACUACCCCGUUCAGGCGGAAGUCCUCUUCCCCGGCCCUGCACAACUUUCUCCACCGUACGAUCCUUAG